AUUCAAGACAGUGCGCAUAAAGGACAUGUUCAGUUGGAAGCGUUCGUUCAUCUUUGGUUUGGUGUGUUGUUUUCUUGUGGUUGAGCUCCGGGGACAAGCUCAACCGGACACUGAAUGGUGGAAAACGGCCGUUCUGUAUCAAAUCUAUCCUCGAUCGUUCUACGACACCGAUGGUAAUGGAGUUGGCGAUAUCCGUGGAGUGACGGCCAAGUUACAGUACCUCAAAGACACCGGUAUCGAUGCCACGUGGCUGAGUCCAAUCUUCAAGUCACCGCAGCGAGACUUCGGGUACGAUGUGAGUGAUUUUCUGGAAGUUGAUCCCCUGUUCGGUACUAAUCGAGAUCUAGAAGAACUUUUCGCCGAGGCGAAGAAAUUAGGGUUGAAGAUCGUGCUCGAUUUCGUACCGAACCACUCGAGUAUUGAGCACUGGUGGUUUAAACAGUCAGAGUUAGGUGUUGAACCGUACCGGGAUUACUAUGUGUGGCACCCGGGUAAACCGGUGGCGGGACAGUCGCGACCCGCAGUACCAAAUAAUUGGAACUCCGUCUUCUACGGUUCCGCCUGGGAGUGGAGUGAGAUCCGGCAAGAGUACUACCUGCAUCAGUUCGAAGUUGGCCAGCCGGACCUAAACUUCCGAAAUGCGAAGGUGAUCGAGGAGUUCGACAACAUCCUCACGUUCUGGAUGGCGCGCGGUGCGUCCGGCUUUCGGGUCGAUGCUAUAAACCACAUGUUUGAGGAUGCUCUGUUUCGCGACGAACCCAUCAACGAUCCAUCCGAUCCAUUGAGCUACGGCUACACGCAUCACAUCUACACAAAUAAUCUGCUGGAGACGUAUGACGUAAUUGGACACUGGCGAAAGGUGAUUGACGAAUUCGUGGAACAAACUGGUUCAGACACCGUCAUCAUGCUGACAGAGGCAUACACCAGCAUGGAUAUGGUACUGCGCUUCUACCAAUCGGACGACGGUUCUGAGCAGCGAGCACACUUCCCGUUCAACUUUGUGCUGCUGGGCGAGCUGAAUGGCGCUUCCAAGGCACGCGACUUUAAGUAUGUAAUUGAUCGUUGGUUGGAAAACUUGCCCCGGGGCAAGGUGACCAACUGGGUGCUGGGCAAUCACGAUCAACCUCGUGUUGGCAGUCGCUACGGCGAGGAGCGUAUUGAUGCGAUGAACGUGCUGCUGAUGACGCUGCCCGGUGUGGCGGUCACGUACAAUGGGGAAGAAAUCGGAAUGGUCGACUAUCGCGAUAUGUCCUGGGAGGAUAGUCUAGAUCCGCAGGGCUGUAACGUUGGACCGGAGGAGUACAGGUGGAAAUCGCGCGAUCCUCAACGCACACCGUUCCAGUGGGACGAUACGUUUAAUGGAGGAUUUUCCACGGCCAACAAAACAUGGCUCCCGCUGUAUCCUUACUAUCGGCAGAACAAUCUUCGCAAACAGCUCGAAAGUGACUGGAGUCAUUACAAGGUGUAUACGGAAGCUGUCAAGCUACGUCGCCAUCGGGUGUUUCGCGAGGGUUCGUUCCGUUCGAAAGCAUUCGACGAGCAUGUGUUUGGGUUUGUGCGCUAUCUGAAGGACGAUCCUGCCGAUGGUUCGUUCAUGGUAGUUAUCAUCAACUUGACAGACGAGCCGAGUGAGAUUGAUCUGUACGACGUGUACGAUUCGAUAGGCGAUAGAGAUGCGCGCGUUUAUUUGGUUGGAACCGAGUCUCGCUACAAGAUCAACCAGGUAGUUAAUGCUUCGCGGUUGCUUAUCGGACCGUACGAGUCGAUCAUCGUGGGUAACGAUGCUUCCUCGUCUUUCGGAACUAUUACGGGGUGCCAUAGACUUAUUAUAGCAUCUUUAGCUUUGGUUGGAAUUCUAAUGAAACUGACGUAUCUUUAGAGUGAUGAGGAACAGUUCUAAGUGAAGUAAGGUCAAGUCCUGGGAUAUUCAAUUAUUAAACCUGUGUACAAUGUUGCAUUCGUGUGGGAUUCUUCACUUUUGCUAUAAUUCUAAGAAAUCGUGAAAGCAUAUAUCCUUCUCCACACAUCGGCCCAUCACCGGUUGACAGUUAAAACACCGUCCACUCCUUUCUAUAUAAUAAUGAUCCCUUGUCUACUAUCCCCAGGAUCGCCACUGGUCAGAAGUUUUUGCUUUAAAAAUGUAUACCCAUCGAACUGCAAUCUACAAAUUACAGAACUUACUGUCAACUGCGCUGGUGCGAUUCAUCGCUUUACCGAGAAUGUCGUUUUUAAAAUCGCGGUAAAUUGAAAGGACCACCAGCACGGUGGUAAAUUAUGCAUCCAAUAAAGUCAUUGCGGCGUACAGCGAUGCGCUGGUGCUGGCUAUGUUUUUUUUCCUCUCCUCCUAA